UUAGGUUAUUUCCGUUUUGCAAUGACAAGUAGGAUUUUUUGGAACGAUAUUAGUUGGGGCGAGGAGGAGAGAGAGAAGAAAACGAAGGUGACAGGGGGAGAAUUUCAAGCCUCUGCCCCCCCAAAAACGAUCAUCUUCAAAGGCAUUCCCGGAUCGCGAUUUCAGCACCUGAAUUGUGGCGUGGAGUGCCGUCUCUCGUGAUCCCAUUGCUGGAUUCAGGGCAGGGUUUGAAUUUUCUUGCACAAUGGGGGUCAUGUCUAGGCGGGUUGUGCCCGCCUGUGGAAAUCUCUGUUUCUUCUGUCCCUCUCUGCGGGCAAGGUCUCGGCAGCCUGUGAAGCGGUAUAAGAAAUUGCUUGCUGAAAUCUUUUCUCGUAAUCAGGAGAUUGAGCCUAAUGACAGAAAAAUCGGGAAGCUAUGCGAAUAUGCUUCGAAGAAUCCAUUAAGAAUCCCUAAGAUUACGGAUAACCUAGAGCAAAGAUGCUACAAGGAUUUGCGCAAUGAAAAUUUUGGAUCUGUAAAAGUUGUAUUGUGUGUAUACCAGAAGUUGUUGUCAUCGUGUAAGGAGCAGAUGUCGCUGUUUGCCAGUAGCUUACUAGGGAUUGUUCGUACUUUGCUAGAACAAACACAGCAGGACGAUAUGCGGAUUCUUGCUUGCCUCACCCUUGUCGAUUUUAUGAAUAGCCAGGUUGAUGGUACAUAUAUGUUCAACUUGGAAGGUCUUAUCCCAAAGAUUUGCCAAUUGGCGGGAGAUGUUGGAGAUGAUGAGAGAGCUUUACGUUUACGCUCGGCAGGAAUGCAAGCUCUGGCAUGCAUGGUAUGGUUCAUGGGGGAGCAUUCUCAUAUUUCUAUGGAGUUCGACAAAAUUAUGUCAGUGAUGCUGGAGAACUACACAUUUGUGCAACCAAUUUCAGCUAGCACAAAGGAAGAAAUGCAGGAGCUUAAAAGUAAGCAGCUUACUUCCUUACCAAUCGUCUUGACCAAUACCGACAUGGACCCAACAAUUGACCAUUCCAAGGAUCCCUCUCAUUGGUCUCGAAUUUGCUUGCGUAACAUGGCCCGCUUGGCCAAAGAAGCUGGGACAGUUAGACGAGUUCUCGAGCCACUCUUCCACAAUUUUGAUUCUGAGAAUCACUGGUCCAUGAAUAAAGGAUUAGGCUGUUCCGUCUUGAUGUAUAUGCAGUUACUUUUAGAAGAAUCAGGUGCCAAAUCAGAUCAGCUUUUCUCAAUUUUGGUCAAGCAUUUAGAUCAUAAGAGCGUCACUGGAAGGCCUCUUUUACAGAUAGAUAUUGUCAAUGUGACCUCACAACUUGCUCGCAAUGCAAAGCAUGGGGCUUCAGUGACUAUUAUAGGUGCCAUAACUGACCUAAUAAAGCAUUUGAGAAGGUGCCUGCAGUGUUUAGCUGAAGAGUCGAGCCCUGGAGGUGCAGCGGAUAAAAAAAAUGCAGAUCUCCAGUUUGCCUUGGAGACUUGCAUCUCUGAGCUUUCCAAUAUUGUGGGAGACAUUGGACCUAUUCUAGAUAUGAUGGCUGUCGUGUUAGAGAGUAUCCCUGUUGCUACAGUAGUUGCCCGAUCAACAAUUUAUGCUGUUUAUCGGACUGCACAAAUUAUCUCCUCAAUCCCCAAUAUAUCAUAUGAUAAGAGGGCCUUUCCAGAUUCCUUGUUCCACCAACUGCUCCUCACAAUGGCCCACCCAGACCAUGAGACACGAGUUGGGGCCCACAGCAUUCUAUCCACAGUGCUCAUGCCAUCCUUGCUUUCUCAGAGAAGGAAGCGCUCCGGAACUGUUCUCGUAGGUAACUCAAUGAAGUUAAGGGACGGAACUUUCUCAGUUCAGGAAGAAGGCAAAGACCUAGAGGAAGUAAACCAUUCAGAGUCCCCUGGGGAAAAAUCGCUGCCUUUUGCCUCUCAUAGCCAAUCAUACUGCUUUAAGCUUGCAUUGACCGAUGGAAAAACAGAGGUAACUUCCCUUCGGUUGAGUAGCCACCAAGUGAGUCUUCUUCUCUCAUCGAUUUGGGUUCAGGCAACUUCAGCAGAGAAUACCCCAGCAAAUUUUGAGGCCAUGGCACACACUUAUAAUUUGUCUUUGCUGUUCACUUGCUCUAAGGCCUCCAAUCACAUGGCUUUAGCACGAUGUUUCCAGCUGGCACUGUCGCUUAGGAGCAUCUCCCUUGAGCAGGAAGGAGGUCUGCAACCAUCUCGAAGAAGAUCAUUGUUCACAUUGGCAUCAUACAUGCUCAUAUUCUCAGCUCGGGCAGACAAUCUUCCUGAUCUUAUUCCUGUUGUGAAAGCAUCAUUAACAAAGAAAACGAUGGAUCCUUACCUUGAGCUGAUUGACGACAUCAGGCUUCAAGCUGUAUGCACAGAAGCUAAUGUGGAGGCAAUAUCAUACGGGUCAGAGGAAGAUGACACUGCUGCUCUAGAGUCUCUCUCAGCAAUAUGUUCUGAUGAUCAGCGCUUGAAAGAGAUCAUACUCUCUCACCUAACAAUGAAGUGCGGGAAUUUCUCGGAGGAGGAGCUAUCAAACUUCAAGAAACAAUUUCUACAAUCUUUUUCACCUGAUGAAGCCUAUCCUUUGGGUGCUCCAUUAUUCAUGGAGACCCCAAGACCAUGUUCUCCUCUUGCCCAAAUUGACUUUCAGGCUUUCGAUGAGAUGAUGCCUCCAGCUUUCUUAACAGAUGAUGAUGGAUUCCCCGAACCAAGUGGAAGUCAGUCGGAUCGUAAAACAUCACUUUCUUCUAGUGCAGUUGACAUACUUAGUGUUAGCCAGCUAUUGGAAUCGGUUCUCGAGACAGCUCGACAAGUCGCAAGCAACCCGGUCUCCUCCACGCCUGUCCCAUAUGACCAGAUGAAGAGUCAAUGUGAAGCUCUUGUCUCGGGUAAACAGCAGAAGAUGUCAGUCCUGCACAGUUUCAAGAAUCAGCAUGAUUCCAAGGCACUAGUUGUUUCUAGUGAAAAUGGAGUUGACAGCCCUACUUCUCCUAGCUCGAAGGACAUGGAGUUCACAGAAUCGGAUCUAAAGCUCGUGAUUGUGGACCAGCCAAAGGUCCACGAUCAGCCGCUAGUCUGCUCUAGGGAGUACCACCAGAAUUCCUUCAGACUACCACCGUCGAGCCCAUACGAUAAAUUCCUCAAAGCUGCCGGGUGCUGACCAUCAAGUAUCGAGUCAGUUAAUCAUACUACAGCCACUACGAGAUAUGUAUAUGUAUGGUUCAUAUUCUUAAAAUUUUAUUCUUUUAAUUCUUUGCUCAUAGAUAGAAGAAGACCGCUUUGUAUAUUUGUGGUUGGGUGAUGCUCCCUGCCUCUCUCCUCCUCCAUGCCCAAAUGCAUGAGAUUAGAAAAAGGGGAAAUUAGAGGUAAUAGGAUCGCUAAUGGUUUCGAUGAGCUGUGGAUUUGAGGAAAUUAUCGGAUCUGUAUUUUGUGUAUUUUGUUAGAAAAGUCUGUUUAUAUGUGUCCUAAAAUUGCAAUAACGUGAUGCGACUGCCAAGAUUACCGGCAUUUGUGUACGGAUUAGCUCCAAUUAAGAGGAUGGUCUAUUUUGUGGUUUC